UGUUUUUUGGAAAUUUUUAUAUUUCUUCAUAACCAUUUCGGCUCGUUGGCAUAUUUAAAAAAUUAAUUUUUAUUAUUUCCUUUUAAUAAAACAAAAACAACCACAAAAAAAAAUUAAAUUAAUUUCUUUUGUUCUCAAAAUUAAUACAAAAUUCAAAAAAUAAAAAAUCAUUUAAUUUUCUAUAAUUUUAAAUCCGUUCUUUUUUGUUUCUUUAUUAUUUUAUAAUCAAUUUUUAAAUUAUAAUUUUAAAUCGAAAUAAAAAUAAAAAUAAAAACAAAAGCAAAUAUAAAAUAACGAAUCAUACAAAAAGUAACGACGUGCAAUCGGUAUUUGAACAGUUGAUAUUUAAAAAUUUGAAAAUAAUAACGAUUAAAAGAGAAAACAAAAUAAUAUUCUAUUCGGGUCGUGAUUUUUACUAAUUCAUUGUAAAACAACAACAACCACAACCAACAAAAUACAAAAUAAAUUAAUUAAUUAAACAAAACUCAAAAGUGAAAUGCUCAAAUGUUUAUUCGCGUUUCGGUGUUAAUGUAUGUAUGUGUGUGUGUGUUAAUAAAUUAAAAUAAAACAAAAAAAAAAACAACACAAAAUUAUUCUACAAGAUAAAAGUACAAACAAGUGAAGGUGGGCAAAAGGAACACAAAACAGAACGAGUGCGAGUACAGUAUCAAUAAAUAGCGAACGAACAGCAAAGCAGCUACAAGUGUUUUCGUUUUCUUUUAUUAUUUUUGUUGAGACUUGAGAGAUUUUUGUUUUGAACGCGGCGGCAAAGAGAAAAUAAACGACGAUGACGACGACGAAAAACGAGGCACAAAGAUUUAGAAAGUGAUUACCUCUAUAUAAGUUUUAUUUUCCAUUGUGUUUGGUGUGUUUAGCGUUCGUUUGGUUUACGUUACCCUUAGUAAGGUGCUGCGCUUUGGAACAACGAGGACGAAAGUAUCGUUGUGUAUUUUUGGUGUCCAUGUCCAUUGGUUCGCUGUGUUUAUUAUUUUUUGAUUUGUUUUGAUUUCGAUACGAAAAUAUUUAAAUAAAAAUCACCGACAUUUUUACGAUUGAUAUUAAAAUGAAAUGAGCUUAAAUUGGAGUAACAGAGACCCAGAGAUCGCUGCAUUAAGUAAAACAACAGCAGAAAGUUCAUCGUCAUUGGAAGGUGUGAUUGCAGUGGCAGAGCAGCAGUUUUCAUCAUCGACUUCGAUAGACCAAGAAGAUACCGGUGAAAGUAAGAGAAAAACCGGAGGAGUAGAAGUAAGUGGAAGUGGAAUUGGACAAGACAACGUGUUAUGUGGUGAGGCGCCAGUUGUGGUGACAACAGACACGAGUGUAUUUACCAUAAGUACACUGCUAUCACCUCCAACACCGCCGACGCCAACAAAUGUGCAGGCAUCAUCGACAAUGGCUGGGAUUAAAACCGAAAUGCAACCGUUGCAUACGGUCACAAAUAGUACGGUGAGUGCCGCAGCCGAUUCGAGUGACAAUCAGCCGUCAACACCAACGCCAGAUCACCAGGCGUUACCGCCGCCAUCAUCAUCCUCAUCAUCAUCGACUUCGUCGUCGCUUCAUCAUCAACACCAUCUCCACCAACAGCACCAGCAGCAGCAGCAAGCGCAGCAACAACACCAUCACCACCACCACCAACAGCAGCAGCCCCAUCACCACCAUCCGCUCUAUGGAAGCAGCGGUGGAGCAGGCUUAGCUAACCCAAAUCAAAUGUAUCAAGACAUGCACUCGUAUCAUCCCCCAGGAGCGGGUUAUCUGGGUGGCUAUGAGCAAUUCUAUCAUGCGCCACCAGCCGGUGUGGAUUACGGCAGUGCCAUGCAGCAAUUGCAACAGAAUCAGGCUCUGUCCUAUCAAAUGCAGAACCAAAGCUUGGCGGCAACUCCCGGCGGUCAUACAGACUACAAAGUCAUGGCUACAUCACAGCGGUUCCAUCCGUACUUGAACAAUGGUGGCUUGCAUCAUUUAUCGCCAGUCGCCAGUGCUAGCCAAAACUCUCAUUCUUCAAAUCCCGUGGCUGUAAAUGCCAAUGGAGGUGCUGCGCCCAAUAAUACCAGCAGCUCUGUAUCAAACAGUUCACUAAGUCCCAGAGUAGUGAGUUCGUCCAGCCCGUCGCAGAACAAUUCGGCAGCAAAUCACACAAUGGCGGAAGUGAAGAGUAUGUCUAAUCGUACCCCGACGCCAUCGGCGUCCAAGCAAUGCAAUAAGUGUGGUAUAUUGUGUGCCACCGAAGCCGAACUCAGCGAACACUACACCAGCAUUCAUGGCGCUCCCACCAGUGAGGAUUGCAUAAACUCGGCAGCAGAACGUUCAGCGUCAUCAGCUUCAGAACGCGGCCAGUACCAUCCAUUUGCGCCAUACAUCAAAGAGGAGCCUCCCAGUUCGGAUAUUCUGGACUUGGACUCCCAAAAGAUGGUCUAUCCACCCCAGCCAGAAGACGAAAGUGCUGCUGCUGCAGCAGCGGUCAAUGCAGGUAUGCUUCCAAUGCAACGUCCAAUGACUUGGCCACAGGAUAUUCAUCCAGCUUACAUGCCUGGACCACCUCACCUUGCCGCGGAGAAUAAACAUGCUGGCUACUAUUCCAAACAAGAUUUUGCCACAAUCAAGAGCGAAUUCCAUCCUAUAAAGUCCGAGUAUGUUUCUCCCACGAAUUUCGGUAUCACAUCAUUGAAGCCAUCAAUAAACAGUGUUGAAUAUGGCCAACCGAUAGCUCCACAAACUCGUCCAGAUGACAAGCCAUUCGGCAGUACCGAUUUGGCAACAGGCAAUAACCCAGUGUCGUCCAGUCCGUCGGAGUUCCCAUCGACUACAACGCCCCAAGACAACAUAACUCAAUACCGAAACUUUGAGCCGCCAUCAUCAUCGUUGCCAAGCAGUGGCAGUUCGGCCAAGAGCGCCACUUGGAAGUCGAACGAGGCGCGUCGUCCAAAGACCUACAACUGUACCGCAUGCAAUAAGUGGUUCACUAGUUCGGGUCAUUUGAAGCGACACUACAACACAACUCUGCACAAAAAUGCAGUUAAAUCUUCUGGUCAACCAGAUCCGGCUACAAUGCCAAUAAGCGCCCAUCACCACCCAGCCCGCGACCCGAACUCCAAGCACCACCGUAAUAGCCAGGCCAGGCAACCGCCGCCUAUACCGCCGGAGCCGCCCAGAAGUCCGGAUUUCUCUUCGCAAUACACAGCACAAUCGCCAAACGGAUUCUCAUCUCAGGCUCAACAACAGCAGCAGCAGCAACAACAGCAAUCUCAAACAUUCCAACAAUACCACCCACAAAGCAAUUUAAACGGUCACCCAAACGGGCUAGCAGGUCCCUCCGUCCAAGCCUCCCAACCGAGGGGCCUGCUGACCAUUUCGAGCACAGAAGUAUCCAUCAUGGAUCGGGAGGAGGAACAACUUCACAACACCAACAGCAGCAACAACAACAGCCUCCAACUACAGGAGGAACAAUAUCAUCAUCAGGAAUUACAGGGGUCCAGCCCCAACAACAGCCCCAGCAGCAGCAACAACAACAGCAGCAGCCUGGAGGAGGAAUAUCAGUCAGCCAUCAGCCUGCAUCAGCCGCAGCAGCAGCGGCUGCUGCCGCCGCUUCAAUCUCCCCAUAUUAUCUCCCACCACCAAUACCGGGAGGUCCACCCCAUCCACCACCACCAACAGGAGCCCACCACCAUUUUCAACACAGCCACCACUAUCCACAAUAUAAUGGAUCAACAGCAGCAGCAGCCGCCGCAGCAGCAGCAAUACAUCAUCAACCCUUUGGCUAUCAACACCACCACCCCCAUCACACUCAACAACACCACCACCACCAUCCCAUCAUACCAACAUCUGCAACAACAGGUGGCGGAGCACCAACAGAACUAUCCCACUAUUAUUGGUAAUGACAACCAGGAAUUAAUUCAGCUUAAUUCUUUCGUCGACAUCGCAUCGCUCGCAAACGUUUCAUCCUACCCAUCGAACACGCAACAGUCACAAAUGCAGCAGCAGAUGGUCGCCCUAGACGCCAAUGGCCACAUCGUCCAAUUGAUCCAUCAGCCGUCUAUGAUCGAUCUGCAACGCUACACAGGCGGUAUCCCAUCGUUUAAGGAAAAUCUAAUGCAAGCUCCAUCUCCUACCGUUCCCGAGUCCUACUACAGCAGCCGAAUGUCGCCAUUCGGUGCACAGAGUUCGCCCCAGGAAGCCGACAUCCCACCAAUGCACACCACCGCUGCCGCACCGCAGCAAAACGAUCAAACAAACCCAUACUCUCCAACUGUGUCUUCAUCGACAACGAAUCAACUCUCCAACGGAGACGAACCAUCGCAAACAAUCCGAAAACAGGCCGUCAAACGCAAGCGGGAAUCCACCACCACCACAACUAAUGCCACCUCGACCACUCUGCCCACAGGCCGUCUCAAGUGCGAGGAAUGCAACAAGGAAUUCACCAAGAUCUGCUACCUCACGCAGCACAACAAGAGCUUCCAUUCCGGAGAGCAGCCAUACAGAUGCCAAAAAUGCGGUAAGCGCUUUCAAUCUGAAGAAAUUUACGAAUCCCAUUUAGACAGGCACAAAUCCCAAGACAAGCCGCACAAGUGCGACGUCUGUCCCAAGCAAUUCCACCACAAGACCGAUCUGCGCCGUCACAAAGAGGCCAUUCAUACUGGCUUCAAGGCGCACACCUGUGACUUGUGCAACAAAAGCUUCUGUCGCAAGGAUCACUUGCGCAAACACAGCGACAUUCAUAUGCGCCCAAAACCCCCCAAAAAGGUCAAAGCGCCACCGGCUAGUCGCAGAAAAACAGCCAAAGCCCAAGCAAAUGAAACUCAAUCAUUAGCCCUGGAGAACGAUUCUCCACUUCAAGCAAUUUCUAGUGUCGAAGACAACAAUAAUUCAGAUUCCUCUUCCAAUAAUUCCUCACUCCUUCCGCAAAAGUUUGAAAUUGUCAAAGUCGAAUCAUUCGCAAUGGCUGGCCAAGACCUGGUCUAUAUGUAAAUUAUUAUAAUUGUAUAUUAUUUAUAUUUAAAUAUUUCGUGAUAGCCAUUUAAAUUUUAAACAAAAACAAGACAA